AUGCCCAGAUUAACAAAAAAUCAAACCAAACGAUGCAAUGUACCAGCAGAAAAUGAAGAAGAAUAUUAUAGACGUGCCAUUUUUAUUCCAUGGCUAGAUUCUUUUAUAAAUAAUAUAUCCGACCUAUUUUUAAAGCAUAAAUGUAUUAUUAAAAGUUUUAAGUGUCUUUUACCAACUGGAAAUUCUCCUAAUCAAACAGAAAAAUCACAGUAUUUAAAACUUUUAGAAUUUUAUAAAAAUGAUAUACCGGAAAAUGGUGUUAACCCUGCAGUAGCCGAAUUUGAUUUAUGGUAUAAAAAAUUCCAAUGCCCAAAUCAUUCAUUACCACAUAAUGCAAUCGAUGCAUUAAAUUUGUGUAAUGAUACUCUAUUUGAAACUUUACUAUAUUUAUACUUUUAA